AUGCCUAACAGAUACAAGUAUUGUAUUGUGCCAAUGUGCACAAAUUCCACCAGUAAAGCUCCAAACAAAGUAUUUUUUGAUGUGCCAAGAAAUAAGACUGACAGACAAAGAUGGUGCUUCGCAAUGAAGCGUCUCUCAGAAACUUCUGUUCGAAAUGUCUGCCAAGAUCACUUUGAUCUUGAGAAUGAUACUGAGAACUUCUUUCAACAUCAACUGCAAGGCGCUAAAUUAAAAUUGAAAAAAGGAGUUCUGCCUCACGUAUUUACUUGCCAGAAAUAUCAGCCUCCAGCAAAAUCCACCAUACGAGCAGCUAAGAGGCAGCGAAAAGAAGCUGUUGCAGAUAUGCUAAAAAAUUGUCCACAGGUGUUAUCAAAUGAUGCAAGUACCAGUGACGAUGGAUGUAAUUCUGAUGUUCCUGCUGAUGACAACAAAUGCCCAGCGGAAGACCUUGAAAGACAUGGUGACAAAGGUUGUCAAGUCAAACCUACUUAUCGUAGUAAAUCAACUUGCACCAACAUCAUCCAAGUUGAUUUCGGCUGCACAGCCUGUCCAAAUGUUCUGGAUAAAGCUUGCCAGACAAUGCCAGAAGUGCAGCAGCAUUCAAUUAAUGAAGAGCAAUGCAGAAUUGAUGCCACAGAUAGUGACGUUUGCAAUGAAAGUAGUGACUUCUCAUGCAAUGAAUCGCCUGGUUCUGAUUAUGAACCGGAAGAAGAUGACAGGGCAGAAAAAUUGCUUUUGCGUUCAUGCAUGAUGAAAGCCAUUAGAAAAAAAUCUUUCAUGUGUUUAGGUAUUCCAGAUGAGAAACAGUUUUUAAUUGAGUUUUUGUCGAAGCAUUCAAAUUCAUCAGAGCUGAAUAUAAUAAUCACCCUGAAAAAAAUCAGGAUGAAUGAAACUUACGAAAAUCUUGCAAUGUUAUUUGGCAUGUCUCUCAAUAAUGUUGCUCGAAUUUUCCAAGAAACUCUGCAUAAAGUAGCAGGGGUCCUACAGAAUUUUAUAAUUUGGCCUUCUGAUACCAAAAGCCUGAAACUGAGCUUGCCAAUAGCAUUUCGAAGAAAUUUUUUUAAUGUCCAAAGCAUCAUUGACUGUUUUGAAAUUCCAAUAGAAAAACCAAGCAAUGCAGUCAACCAAAGUUUGACUUGGUCAGAAUACUACAAAUCUAACACGUUAAAGUAUUUGGUAUCGUGCACUCCUGAUGGAACUGUGAACUUUAUUUCCCAGGGUUAUGGUGGACGUACCACAGAUGCAGCUAUUGUGGAAGACAGUGGAUAUUUACAAAUGUUGUUUCCACAGUUAGAUGUAAUGGCGGAUCGUGGCUUUAAAAAUAUUUCCCACUUAUUGCAACAAAGGCAGUGUAAUCUCAUACGUCCCCCAUCUGUCUCCCAAAAUGAAGCCAUGUCUGCCGAAGAAGUGCAAUUAACAAAACAAAUUGCAGCAGUCCGCAUUCAUGUGGAAAGAGUGAUUAGUAGGCUAAGAAUUUUUGCAAUCCUAUCAAAGCAUACUUGUGUUGACAAUCACUUGCUGCAGUUAUUUGAUAAAAUUUUAAUUGUAGUUUGUGGGUUAAUCAAUUUUCAGAACAAGUUAAUCAAAAUAUAA